CUUAACCCUGCCAUCAUAUCUUCCUUUUGCACGACAUUCGCCCAUAUCUCCUCUCUUUCUCUCUCCCCUUUCAGUUUCAACAGAAAGUAAAAUAGUGGAAAAAAGCAUUCACAUUUGGAAUCUCCUUCUCUGUCUCUCUCUGUAUCCUUUUUUUUUAAACAAUCUUUCGGUUUUGAAAUUGCUUUUAUUGGAAGGAAGUUAACAGAAAUGGGCAAGCUUUAUUUUUUGUUGAGUUGUUAGAGACAGAGCGUAACACAUAAAUAGUCAGAUAAAUUGUGUUAAGAAAAGGGAAGUUGAGUUGGUGUUUCAAAAUUCAAAGCUAUGGCUUUUUCCUCCAUAUUUUGCUGCGUCAAGGGUUCAGAUCGAAAGGGGCAAGCGAAGAAGCAGCCAACAUGGAGGGUUUUUUCUCUGAAGGAGUUGCACUCUGCUACAAAUAAUUUUAACUAUGAUAACAAGCUUGGAGAAGGUGGUUUUGGAAGUGUUUAUUGGGGCCAGCUCUGGGAUGGAUCUCAGAUAGCGGUCAAAAGGCUAAAAGUGUGGAGCAACAAAGCUGAGAUGGAAUUUGCUGUUGAAGUUGAAAUUCUGGCUCGAGUACGACACAAAAAUCUGCUAAGUUUACGUGGUUACUGUGCUGAAGGCCAGGAACGUCUGAUUGUAUACGAUUACAUGCCUAAUUUAAGCUUACUUUCUCAUCUUCACGGGCAGCAUUCUGCCGAAAGCCUUCUUGAUUGGAAGCGACGAAUGAACGUCGCAAUUGGGUCUGCUGAGGGAAUUGCCUAUCUACACCACCAUGCGACCCCACAUAUCAUCCACAGAGACAUCAAAGCGAGCAAUGUACUGCUCGAUUCUGAUUUCCAAGCCCAAGUUGCUGAUUUUGGAUUUGCAAAAUUCAUCCCAGAUGGUGCCACACAUGUAACCACAAGAGUAAAAGGCACUCUAGGCUAUCUUGCACCAGAAUAUGCAAUGUUAGGGAAGGCAUCCGAGAGCUGUGACGUCUACAGCUUUGGUAUUCUUUUGCUAGAGCUUGCUAGCGGCAAGAAACCGAUUGAGAAGCUCAAUGUAACUGUGAAACGCACGAUCACUGAUUGGGCCCUACCGCUUGCAUGCGAAGGGAAGUUCAGUGAACUUGCAGACCCAAGAUUGAACGGAAACUAUGUGGAGGAAGAAUUGAAAAGAGUGGUUCUUGUUGCACUCGUUUGUGCUCAGAAUCGACCUGAAAAGAGACCAACGAUGCUUGAAGUUAUUGAGCUGCUAAAAGGAGAAUCAAAAGAGAAAUUUACAGCUUUGGAAAAUGAUGAGAUGUUCCAGAUUCCUCCAGCUGUGGAUGACGAUGUUUUGUCAGGAGCAGAAGGCAAUGCAGACUCUGUUGCGUCGGAGGAAAAAGAACCAAAACCAGAAAUUGAGAAGGUAGAGGUAUAGGCUUAAGAGAAUGUGAGUAAUUGAUUGUGGCUUGUUCAUAUUGAAUUUGUGUAGGACUUAAAUGUAUUUUUCGGGGAAGACAUACUGAUAUCCAUUACAUGGAACGAAAGUUACUUUUUUUUGGAAGUGAAAGUAUCAUUUCAUUGGGUUGUGCAAGUGUGGAUGUUACUUUUUGCUCGUCUUUCUUGUGAUUUCUCGUGUAAUACGUUGAACACAAGAAAUGAAAACUGUUUAUAUGCUGAA